UCUCGUUCUCUGUGUGCAGUUCCGAGAAAGAUCAAGACGUCGUCUUCGCUCGAAUUCUUUUCUGUGGCGUGUAAAGAGAUCUUUGGUUAUUUAAGUGGCAACCGAGCGCCGUCGUCUAGUUGAGAAGUGCGACAACACUGCAACAAUGUCGCAAGAUAAACUAAGGAUUGACUUUUCUCCGUCUGGAUAUCCCGUAUUUGGAGGGGAGAGUAUUCUCAUCACUGUGUGUGGACAUGAUUCGCUGCCAGACAGGGCUACGUCGCUGUUCGUCGAGUUCGAAGGCACAGAACAAAAGCACGUCUCUGCAGCGUACAGAAUCAAUGGCAGCACAUUGCAAGCUUCAAUUCCAGGUCAUGACCGAGCAGAGGAAGUGACAUUGCGUGUAGGCUAUGAGAACUCAGAUGGUUUCUGCAGUUUGGCAAGUGGUGUCUUCACCUACCGUCUGGAUCCGACUCACUGUAUUGCUGAAUUUCUUGCGGACAGUACGAAGAGUGCGCACAGGCUACGCUCUCUUUCUCGUGUGGAUUUCUCUUCGAGUGACGUGAGCACGGAGGCGAGAGCCGUCUUUGAUGAGAAACUGACGCACUCUUUCGAGCGCCUUUCUCUUCCUAAUGAUUGGACGUUGUGUUGUAGCCAUGACGAGCAGCAGGAAACUUUAUUGCAUUUUUCAGCGCGUCUUGGAUUGUCUAAAUUUAUUGGUCAUCUUAUGAAGCUGCCAGGAGCUGUGGCUGCGUCAACAAUGAGAAAUCUAGAAGGAGAGCUGCCAGUUGAUGUUGCAAGAAGCGUGGGCAAUGAGUAUCUGGUCAAUCAGCUCUGCAGUUUGAUGAAAGAAAUGCAAGACGACACCAACCAUGAAUGCGAGAGGAAGAAAUCAGUGUCUUUUGAUGAGGAUGAGAUAUUGCUGGCUGAGCUAAAUGGCAUUAUGAGUACAGAGUCUCAGCGACGGAUGUCUAGUAUCAUUUCAUCUGUGAGUAAUAGUGAAGAAUCUCCUGGUCAAAACAGUUUGGUUCAAACAGAAGAUGCUAUUUACCGCAGCCCACACCAAACUACUAUGCGCCCAUUUUCUUGUACUGAAAAUGUAUUUUCAGCUACUGACGAAAAUUUUCAGUUGGACUUAAGUAUAGAGAGACCGUCCUCAGCAUCUGCUGAUAGGGAAAGUAGUGAAAUGAAUGAAAAUCAUUUGUUGACAAGAAGGAAGAGGAGAUCUCGUUCUGCUGAUCCAUCACCAAUCUGUACAGUGUCCAGCUUAGAAGAAAGUUUGAUAAGGUUGAAGAAAUUCAAACAAGAACUGGAACAUUUGAAAGAGAAAAACUUGCAAAUAAUAAAGGCUGCUGAACUUGGGCAGUUUAGUGUGUCAUGCCCUUCUCUUGCUGAAGAACCUGAAUUGACAUUGAGACGUCCUAUACCUCUAUCAAGUAUCUUGUUUUCUCCAUCAUCGGGUUCCACACCAGAUCUUUCAACAACCACACAGACAAGCUCAGACAAAGUAAAAGCAUCUCCUCUGUUAGGUGUCAGUCUUAAUUUGUAUGAAAGAGAUGUUGAGUCAGACCAUGAGUCAUCAUUAUCAAGUCUUGAAGAUGAGACAACAGAGUCACACAGAGGAAGCAGCAUUGAUGCAAAUGAAGAAGAUACCGAGACAGUAGAGAGUGUUGUAAGUGAUGUACUAGAACAAAUAGUGAAUCGUGUUGUGGUCAAUGUUGAGACUGAGAUGGUCUUUAAUGACGAGUUGUUAACGGUUGGAGAAGACAUAGAGACUGUGGUUGUAUCUGUUGUGGAUGCAAUGAUAGAACAAGUUGUCCAUGUGUCUGAUUGUGAGAUCAGAUUAUCAACACUCACUUCAACCAAUGUAGAUGAUAUUGAUAUAAAUGAUCUUGAUGAAAUUUCAGAAGAACAAAGUGGGAAAAUGAGUGUGACAGAAGAUCUCACUAGUUUGAUGACAGAAGGUAGUACUGCUUGUACUUUGUCAGAUAUAUCAGUCAACGACCAUGCGACCGUAGAUCAUAGUCAACAUUCAAAUGUGAUGGCUUCUAGUGAUACUAAUGAUGAUGAUGAGCAGCAAGAAAACAUAAAUAAUGUAGAUGCUGACCAGAUUCGCAAACGUUCGAGAAGUCUCAGUCUUGGCAGUGCGAGUGAAGUUUCUGUUACUAUCAAUGCUCAUCUGGUUGAGAGUGUUCCUGAAGGAAAAGAUGAAAUAGAUGGUCAAACAUAUGAAAAGCACAGCUCACCUGCUAAACAAGGACAUCGGAGAACACAGAGCUUGUCCAGCCCUGUUGUAGACAUUUCUAGUGUUGGAUUGGAGUUUGACAACGCAGACAUGCAAACAGAAGCAGUUUCUGUGAAUGUUGAUAUCAACCAUGAGCUACCUCCUAAUUAUUGCAACAUGAAUAGUGAAAAUAGGGAAACAGGAGACAGCGCUCCUACCACAGAAACAGAUGGGACGAUUAGUCAGGCUAUUCUAAUGGCAAGACAGAGUAUGCCUGCAAAGUUUCUGUUUGACAAUGGAUCUAGUGCACCAGCAAGUCCAGCUGAACGAGACUUUUUACAGAAAAUUCGUCAGGGAGAAGAUGAACCUGAACUAGAGGAGGAAUUAAUUAUGCAGCAUCCAGGAAUUACAGGAAGUUCAUUGGACUUUGAUGUGAGUGGGGAAAGAAGGCCAACACUGGUGAACACAUUGAAAGUGGAAGAGCUGGGAGUUUUAAAAUCCAGUUCAUCUCCUGAAGUUCGAGUUAAUCAACAAGAAAGGCUCCCAGAUAGUGGAAGAGCUAGUCCAUUUACUCGUGAACACAAUAGACCUUUUCAAAUCAAGAAAUUGUCUGCUGGCAGAGAGAGGCCUUUGUCAAUGCAUUCACCUUUCAUGUACGGGUACAGUGAUGUAUUUCCUCCAUGCACUGAGGAAACUCAAGAGUCUGCCAGUGACAGUGAGUCAACAAACAUGUCAUACGAGAGUCAUGGCUAUGACAUGGAAACAAAAAGUGAUAUCCCAAAGAGACGUUUCACGUUCUUGCGAAGGAAAGAAAGGGAAAAAGAAAAAGAGAAAAACAAAUCACAGUUGCUAAGAAAGGGGAGCAAGGUGAGUAUGGAAGGAGACAGAGACGCUAACAAACAUAGAAACAGACAAGAUGAUGAUCGACUAGUUGCAAGACGACAAACAGUAUCAACUAGCCAUGAACAUCCGGGUGCUGCAACGGUUUCACGUGUUGCCACGUUUUCUGCUGGUUCUCCAACAGGCAGAGCAAAGAAAGUCGUUGAUAAUCGAAGACUUCAGACAUCUAAGAGCUCAGUGAUUCCUUCAAAGCCUGAUUAUACAGCUUUUGCAGCUGGAUCUCUUGCUCAUUCGAAGCAUGUGUCGAAGAGUCAAGGAUCAUUAGAUUCACUCUUGUCUCAUGACGAUGAUGAUAGAGAGACACUAAGUGAUCUCGUCAAUGAUCCAGAGUUGGCUCUGAUUGACGAACCAGACAACUGGCAGUCCAUUGUUGACAAAAAAGCAGUAAAGAAACAUAGCAAGAAGGAAGUGAUACGACAAGAGAGAAUUUAUGAAUUGAUUCUCACUGAAAGACGUCAUCUUAGAACAGUAAAAGUCAUGAGAUUGUUGUUUGGUCGUGGAAUGAUCCAUCGUGCACGUAUGCAGACAGAGGCCGUGGAUGAAAUGAUGCCUGACAUUGACAAAUUGGACAAUCUGGCCACUGAGUUUUGUGGUGAACUUAUAAAGCGCCAGAGAGAGUCUAUUGGCUUUGUAGUGGGCAGCAUUGGUGAUAUCCUAGUGAAACAAUUUACUGGUAAGCAUGGCAGUGACGUGAAAGCAGCGUACGCGUCUUUUUGUGGUCGACAUACGGAGGCUGUGGAGAAAUUCAAAGAACAUUACAGAACUAAUAAACUCUUUAGGACCUUUAUAAAUAAAUGCAGUGUCAAUCCAAUGUGUCGUCGCUUGGACUUUGCCGGUCAUGUUCUGCUGAUAACACAACGUCUAGGGAAGUAUAAUGUGCUGCUAGAAGCUAUUCUGAAGAGCACGAAAGACAGCAAGGAGAUAGGAAAGGAGAUCGGAAAGGAAGAGUAUAGAAACAUUCAGGCUGCAUGGGAGGGACUAAAGGAAAUAUCAGAGCAUGUAGAUAAAGCAGUGCGAGACAGACAGCAGAGAUUGCGUUUACAGGCUCUUCAAACUCGACUGGAAAUUCGAAUUCAGUGGAAAACAAACAAAUCAGUUAGGAAAGUAAAGAAUCUGAAUUUAUUGGCAAACAACAGUCGAUUGUUGUAUGAAAAUGGUGAAGUGAUGUGGAAAGGAUCAGGAGACAGUGCUGUUGAUGUGCAUGUCGUUUUGACAACUCGUCUUCUCAUUUUGUUGGUUGAGAAGGACAAUGACAAGUUUAACAUUGCCAUGUUACAAGACAAGAAGCCACCUGUUAUUCCUCUCCAUCAGUUGAUGCAACGAUCCAAUGCUGCAGAUUUACGUGCUCUUUAUUUGAUUUCUACUGGCCGUAACCCUGAGAUGUAUCCAUUGGUGUGGUCAACAAAACAAGAACGUGACAGGUUUUGUAAAGUUCUGAAGGCAGCAAUUGACAAGUUUUCAAAAGCAGCAGCCACUGAUGAGCCAGAUGGUUUUUUGUCAUCUGAAUCUGAUGAUAAGCUACCAGAGCAGCCAGAAGACUCAAAGUCUGUAGCAUCAGGUGGAUCAUUGGGAUCGCCUCCUCCAGCUUAUGAGAGUGAAGGAGAGUCAACAAGUGAACGUGUUGAUGCUACUCCUCAUGUCAGUGAACAGACGAAAGCAAACUUGGAACAGCAAAGAGAAAAAGUCAAUGAAUUAAUGCGACAACUGGAGAGUAAAGACUUACAACUGGACAAUGUGCUGAGAGAUAAAGCCAUUCUUAUUUCUGAAAUCAGAAGUUUGACUGGAGAUUCUGGUGACUCUGACUCAGUGGACAGUUCUAGAGAUGUCUUAAUCAGUGCAACGAAACAAAUUACAGAUCAAAUCAGUCAGACGUUUGAAGCAAGAUUUUCCGGAGGAGACUUUGCCUUGUCUCCUCGUUCUUGUUCAGGCAGUUUCUUUCCUCGUGAUUCUAUCUACAGUGUACAAAGUCAAGGCAGUGGUUCAGACAUUGAGACAACUAACAGUCAAACUCAUGCACGUUCAGUAGGAGCUGUGGGUUACAGAAGUGUCUCUGUUGAACCUGAUUCGAACCUUAGCUACCAUGUUGCUUCCUCAACUCAAACUUCAACUCGGAACAGUAGAAAUGGUCAGGACAGUCAGUUGGACUUCCUUCCCUUGCCUCUUUCGGUAAAAGGAAAGAAACGUCCCUCAAGUCAAGGAAGUGCUGAUGGAAUGGACAGGAAGGUCGAGAGGGCACUUAGUUCAAGAAGAACUAGUGCUCCUGAGAGUCCACGUAGGCGAAAUAAACCACCAUCCACAACUAUAGCUGGUGUUUCUUGUAAAGAGGAAACAGUUGAUAGUGAGGAUUUGGUAAGUCAAGGAAGUGGUAGAGAGGAAAUGACAGCAAUCACUCGACUUGCUCAAACUGUAGAUACCAUAUUGGGGAAAAUGUCAGAGCAAGAAACAGAAAUUGAAAGACUUCGUGUUGAAUUGUCUAACCUAAAAUCAGAGCAAUCCUUGAAGACAACGUCUUUACACAUGCCUGACGAAAGAUCCAGUCUAAUUCAUCCAGCAGUUCCUGCUGUCAUUCAGGAGAUAUCACUUAGCCGUACUCCCUCUGGAGCAUCAACAAAGAGUGUUGGAUCACCAAGUAAUUCUCCUCGUGCCUCGCCCAGAUCACUAAGUCCUUCCAUGUGUACAGACGUUGGUCAUGGUAGUCGACGGAAAGCAAUUAGCAAAAAGAAGACAGACGCCAGGUCACCUUUACAGACUAACUCUGAUGUUUCAUGACUUUUUCAAUAGAAAUUUCUGUACAGUUCAGAUUAUUGCCGUCCUAGGGUGUGUAUAUGAUUGCUCUUCAUGCAGAUUCAACGAUUUUUCUUGGUCUUGCAUUUAGCUUGCGGUAGUAGACUAAAAUAUUGACGUUAAUUAUAAUAGAAAGACCGGGAAAAUGCG